AUGUCGUCGUCCUCCCCAAACAUGCUGACCAAGUUCGAGUCCAAGUCUUCUCGGGCAAAAGGCCUUGCCUUCCAUCCCAAGAGACCGUGGAUCCUCGUCACCCUCCAUUCGUCCACGAUCCAACUGUGGGAUUAUCGUAUGGGUACUCUAAUUGAUAGAUUCGAAGAGCACGAUGGUCCAGUCCGCGGCGUCGAUUUCCACAGGACUCAGCCUCUCUUUGUCUCCGGUGGUGAUGAUUAUAAGAUCAAAGUGUGGUCGUACCAAACAAGACGGUGCCUCUUCACACUCAACGGUCACUUGGAUUAUGUCCGUACCGUGUUCUUCCACCAUGAGCUCCCAUGGAUUAUUUCCUCCUCGGACGAUCAGACAAUUCGAAUCUGGAACUGGCAGAAUCGCUCCUUAAUUUGCACCAUGACUGGACACAACCACUACACCAUGUGCGCUCAAUUCCACCCGAAAGAAGACCUCGUCGUAUCCGCCUCACUCGACCAGACUGUCCGCGUUUGGGAUAUUUCUGGACUUCGAAAGAAACAUUCUGCCCCCACGUCAAUGAGCUUCGAGGACCAGGUCGCCCGCUCCAACCAAAACCAGACUGAUAUGUUUGGAAACACCGAUGCUGUCGUCAAGUUCGUCCUAGAGGGUCAUGACCGUGGUGUCAACUGGGUUGCCUUCCAUCCACAUAUGCCCUUGAUUGUUUCUGCUGGCGAUGACCGCUUGGUAAAGCUUUGGCGCAUGAGCGAAACUAAGGCAUGGGAGGUAGACACUUGCCGAGGACAUUUUCAGAAUGCCGAGGGAUGCCUUUUCCACCCUCACCAAGACCUAAUUCUCUCGACUGGUGGAGACAAGACUAUUCGUGUUUGGGAUCUCAAUAAGAGAACAGCAGUCCAGACAUUCAAGCGCGAAAAUGACAGGUUCUGGGUCAUCGCUGCCCACCCCGAAAUUAAUUUAUUCGCCGCCGGUCACGACAAUGGCGUCAUGGUCUUCAAGUUGGAACGGGAGCGACCAGCCUCUGCAGUCCAUCAGAAUAACCUCUUCUUUCUCAGCAAAGAGAAGCUCGUCAAAUCCUACGACUUCCAGAAGAACAUUGAGAGCCCAACUCUACUCUCGCUCAAGAAGCUAGGCAGUGCAUGGGUUGCACCCCGCACUCUGUCAUACAAUCCAGCUGAGAGAUCUGUUCUCGUGACGACUCCUGCGGACGAAGGCUCGUAUGAGCUCGUCAAUCUUCCAAAGGAAGGUAGCGGUAACAUUGAGCCCACUGAAUCUAAACGUGGCCCCGGAAAUUCAGCCAUAUUUGUGGCCCGAAACAGAUUCGCUGUUCUCAAUCUCUCAACUCAAACUAUCGAUAUCAAGGACCUAUCAAACAACACGACACGUUCGUUCAAAGCACCGCCCGGUACCACUGAUAUUUGUUUUGGUGGCACAGGCAAUCUUCUCAUUAUUACUGCCACUGCUGUUCAUCUUUACGACAUUCAACAAAAGAAAAGCACCGCUGAGCUUGCCGUAAACGGUGUGAAGUACGUUGUCUGGUCCAACGAUGGUUUGUACGCAGCGCUUCUUAGCAAGCACAAUGUUACCAUUGUCACCAAGGCACUUGAGCAAGUUAGCACUCUCCAUGAGACAAUUAGAAUCAAGAGUGCCACUUGGGACGACGCUGGUGUGCUUCUGUACUCCACCCUGAACCACGUCAAGUACACUCUACUCAACGGCGAUAACGGUAUUGUCAGAACACUGGACCAGACCGUAUACCUUGUGCGAGUCAAAGGACGCAAUGUUUACUGCCUGGACCGGUCCGCAAAGCCACGUAUCCUCCAAAUCGACCCUACGGAGUAUCGUUUCAAACUUGCACUUGUCAAGCGCAAUUAUGAGGAAAUGCUUCACAUCAUCCGCAAUUCCAGCCUCGUCGGUCAAUCCAUUAUCUCUUACCUACAGAAGAAGGGUUACCCCGAUAUUGCUCUACAGUUUGUCCAGGAUCCGACCACCCGAUUCGACCUCGCCAUUGAAUGCGGCAACUUGGAUGUUGCGGUAGAAAUGGCCAAGGAGCUUGACAAGCCCAAAUUCUGGAACAGACUCAGCAUUGAGGCUCUUUCUCAUGGCAAUCACCAAAUUGUGGAAAUGUGCUACCAAAAGCUCAAGCAGUUUGAUAAGCUGUCUUUCCUUUACUUGGCAACUGGUGAUCAUUCCAAGCUUGCCCGUAUGGCUAAGAUUGCGGAGCACCGUGGCGACUUCACCGCUCGAUUCCAUAACGCUCUGUACCUUGGCGAAGUCGAGGACCGCAUCCAGAUGUUCAAGGAAAUCGACCUUUACCCCCUGGCAUACAUGACCGCCAAGUCUCACGGCCUGGAUGAUGAAUGUCAGGCCAUCUUGGAGGCGUCUGGAAUUACAGAGGAUCAACUCACCAUGCCUACUCUUGGCGAACCCUUUGCCCCACCUAAGCCCGUCGUGCCAACCUUCAAGCAAAACUGGCCUGCAAAAGCCACAUCGCAGUCAUUCUUUGAGAAGGCCCUUCUUGGACAACUGGAAGGGCUUUCUCUCGAAGACAAUGCCGAUACUGCGGCCGGCUUCGAUGACGCUAUGGAAGAUGUCGACACAUCGACUCGUGUGGCUGCUAUUGCCGACGAUGACGACGAAGACGCUGCUGGAUGGGAUAUGGGUGAUGAAGACCUACCCGAGGUUGGCAGCGACUUCGUUAACGUGGACACUGCUGAUGCCGGCGGUGCUGGUAGCAGCGAAGCCGACCUGUGGGCUCGCAACUCUCCCCUUGCGGUGGAUCACAUUGCCGGCGGCUCCUUUGAAACAGCCAUGCAGCUGCUUAACCGCCAAGUCGGUGCCGUUAGCUUCGCCUCGUUGAAGCCUCGCUUCUUGGAGGUUUACAAGGCGUCGAGGACUUUCCUUCCUGCAUCUGCCGGUCUCCCCCCCCUUAUCAAUUAUGUUCGCCGCACCGUUGACGAAAGUGAUCUUCGCCAGGUGCUCCCAAUUGUGCCUCGAGAUCUGGAAUAUCUCGCUGCUAAUGAGCUGCAGCGCGGCUACGACUCCAUGAAGACCAAUAAUCUGGAAAAUGGUGUGAAGAUCUUCAAGGGCAUCUUGCAUACAAUUCUCGUCAACGCUGUAUCAAGUGAGGGCGAGGUUGCCGAGGCCAAGAAGCUCAUUACUUCGGCCAGUGAGUACACUGUUGCCAUGAGCAUUGAACUCGCCCGGAGACAAUUAGGCACCACCGACGUCGUAGCAGGUGAUCCCGAAAAGCUCAAGCGAAGCCUUGAGCUCUCAGCUUACUUCACGAUACCAAAGAUCGAGGUUCCCCACAGACAACUCGCCCUACUCAGCGCCAUGCAGCUGGCAAGCAAGAAUAAAAACUACAACAGCGCUUUGAGCUUUGCAAACCGCAUCAUUGCCAAUGGCGGCGCCAGCAAGAUUGUGGAAAAUGCUAAGAAGGCGAAGGCGGCAUGCGAGCGCAAUCCUAACGAUGCUGUUGAUAUAGAAUUCGAUCAAUUUGCAGAGUUCGAGAUUUGCGCCGCCAGUUUUACUCCCAUCUACAGCGGAACAUCAUAUGAGGAGUGCGCCUUUGACGGAUCCAAGUACCAUUCCAAGUACAAGGGUACUUUGUGCAAGGUCUGCGAGGUUUGUGAGAUUGGCAAGCACGGAAGUGGGCUGCGACUAUUUGCAUAG